AUGGGAAGUGGCACUGGACCGUCCUUCAUCGACAUCCUGAUGAUGAACAAAUACUACAACUGUCUUAGUGCAAAUGCCCAAAUAAACUUGAUUGUCAGAAUGGUGGAUAUGCUCAUCCGAGGGACUGCAAUCGAUGUUUGUGCCCGUCUGGAUAUGGUGGAAAAUACUGCCAGCAAAAUGUAA